AUGCCUGGUUGUGUGUGUGUGUGUGUGUGUGUGUGUGUGUCAGGCCCGGCGGUGGUGUGCUGCAGACUCGAGGCGACCGCACCGGUGGUGUCGUGUUUGUGGCGACGGGCACAGAACACGCUGUCGCCGGCGCUGGGAGGCACGGCCGAAAGAGAGCCGAGGGCUGGUUGUCGGGUGGACGAGGUGAGAGAGCGACAGGCUGGUGUGUCUGCCCGGUUCAGGCACAGACGAGUUGAGUCGAGACCGUCGGCCAAGGAGAGGGGGGAGGAGGAGGAGAAAAAGGAGAAAAAGGAGAAAAAUGAGAAAAAGGAGAAAAAGGAGAAGGAGGAGAAGGAUGAGGAGAAGGAGAAGGAAGAGGAGAACGAGGAGGAGAACGAGAAGAAAGAGGAGGAGAAAGAGAAGAAGAAGAAGAAGGAGAAGGAGGUGAAGGAGGAGAAGGAGGAGAAAGAGAAAAAUAAGAAGAAAAAGGAGAAAGAGAAGGAGGUGAAGUAG